AUUCCCGAUUCCUGGUGAGGAUGAAGAAGAAGAAGGAGCAGAAGAAGAAGAAGAAGAAGAAGAAGAAGAAGAGCGUUCAUGGACGACCUUACCAUCACAGCAAGAUCAGUGCCAGAAGGAAGAUAUGGAUUUUGGAGGACCUGAUUGAGCUCACCAAUUGGGCAAGGAUGGAGUUCAAACCGGCAAAGUCCAGAAGCCUAGUUCUGAAGAAAGGGCGUGUUCAGGACCGGUUUCGCUUCAAGAUCAGGGAGAACAUCAUCCCGAUUUUCCAAGAGAAACCUGUGAAGUGCUUGGGGAAGUGGUACAGGGCAGACCUCAAUUAAGUUACCAAUGAUUGUCACACACACACUAGGUGUGGCGAAAUUAUUCUCUGCAUUUGACCCAUCAUACGACCGACUGAGUGUGAAAGAAAUGCUUAGCCAAGCAGAAGCCUGGAUGACAUCCCUAGAAAAGAGCGGCCUCCCGGGCAAGUAUAAGCCCUGGGGUUCUCCCCCGUCUGCUCUGGCCACUCCUGGUUUAUGAGGUACCUGUAUCCACAGUUGAGAGUCUGGAGAGGAAGUUGAACACCUACUUGAGGAGAUGGCUGGGUGUCCCAAGAAGCUUCUGUUCCAUUGGACUGUACAGCACAGGUAGCAAGCUACAGCUGGCAAUAACUUCAGUGGUGGGGGAGUACAAGGCGACAAAAACACGGCAGGCCAUGAUUCUACGAGACAGUAAAGACGAGCGAGUACGGCAGGCAGGCAUUGUCGUCAGGUCAGGCAGAAAGUGGUCAGCCAGCAAAGUACUGAAGGAGGCGGAAGAUCGACUGCAUCACGCGGACAUUGUGGGAUCAGUAGCCCAGGGAAGACUUGGUCUGGGUUGCUUAUCCAGAACAAGUUGGAACAAAGCUGACCCAAAGGAGCGGCGAGUCUUGGUGCAGAGGGAGGUCCGAAAGGCUGAGGAGGAAAGCCAGCAUGUCAAGGCAGUAGCCAUGAACAAACAAGGCAGCUGGACUGGGAGAGUGUAAAAGACAGAUCUCUAACCUGGCAAGACAUCUGGAGCAUGGAAGGCCACCGGAUCAAGUUCCUGCUGUGUUCUACAUAUGAUGUACUGCCCAUCCCAUCAAACCUCCAUACUUGGGGAAUGGUAGAAAGCCCCAGCUGCACACUCUGCGUAAAGCUAGCUAACCUGGAGCAUGUCCUUUCCUCUUGUCGCUCAAGUUUAGCAAAUGGCAAGUUCCGGUGGCGUCAUGACCAGAUCUUUGCUCAGCUGGCAGAGGGUGUUGAGCAGGCCAGGAAGAGGACAAGGCAGCUCUCUAAUGGGCUUUGCUUCAUCCACUUCAUCAGGGCAGGUGAAAGUGCAGCAGCGGGAGGGAGGAACAAAGGGGUCCUGGCCACGGCAAGUGACUGGGAGAUGCGGGCCGACCUGAAGAAGCAGCUCAAAUUCCCAGAGGAGAUAGCCCACACUACCCUGAGACCUGAUAUUGUUCUGUGCUCUAAAGGAAACAAACAGGUGGUGCUUAUCGAGCUGAAAGUACCCUGGGAAGAGAGAAUGGAGGAGGCGUACGAACGCAAGCUCAAGAAAUACCAAACCCUCAUCCUCAGGAGCCAGCAAAAUGGAUGGAAGGCCUGGAACCUACCGGUGGAGGUGGGCUGUAGAGGCUUUGCGAGGCGGUCGCUCUGGAGAGCCCUCGGACUGCUAGGGAUCGAGGGGCUGGCUAGGAAGCGGCUGGUAGCCAACACCACUAAAAGGGCAGAGGAAGCAUCACGCUGGAUUUGGAUACAAAGAGAGAUGCGGUGGCAGAGCCGACCCACUGAAGGACUAGGGACAUAG